AUGGGCCUUUGGUUGACAUGGCUUGCUGCUUUGAGCCUGAUGCUUCCGUCUGCGUUGGCAGAUGAACCGGCAGAUCCCACCUUGCCAGGCAUGGUAGCGAGAAUCGCUGCAGGCGACUUUGAGAACAACUUCUUCACUGGCGACUUCCUCAUCACCAAGCCUGCCAAUGAGAAGGAGGAGGUGGGUGCCUGCCUGCUGGACAAGGUCGGGGCGAUUGUGACCGAGAACGGGGUGGGGGGGUUCUUGAACGACCUGCAGGUUGAUGCGGCGGCGUGCUGCACCAAGGAUGUCAAGGACUGCGUGGCGGAUGUCAAGAAGGCCUAUGCUUUGCUGACGGACGUUGGCCAGAACCGGCUGACUGCAGAUAAGGCCGCUCCCCAGGUUGCCGCAAUGCUCUUGAAGGCCGUGGAGAAGCGCCUCUCAGUCGGCAAGGUGCAGGCAAGCCACGCCCGCUACUUUGGGAAGUGCCCAGAUGUUGAGAACUGCACCAUGCAGAUGCUUGGUGCCCAUGCCAUGGAUCUGUAA